CCGAAUAGAAGGUUUUACGUCAGAGUCUCAGACCAAAAGAAUAAAGAAACGCCUGAGGUGGAGCGCGCAAACACAAGCCUCUUCCACUUAUCCUCUCCGCUGACAUUUGUUCAGCGAAUUUCUCAUUUGUGGAUCAUGAACUGUAUUCGGCAUCUUCCCUUAUCCUCGGGUUUGCCUUUCCAGUGCUUUACAAGUCACCAAAGGAAGCCUCUUUGCUCUGUCAAUUCACUGGGAAUGUCCAAUACUCGUGAUCCAAAUCGAAGCAUGGCAGUGAAGUCUGCUUCUGGUUCCACGUCCAGUGCAGGGACAAAUAGUGCCAGUGUGAAGGAAGAGGAAAAAUCUGAGACAUAUAGUCAUAAUAUGACUGAAGCGAUGGGUGCUGUUUUGACUUAUAGACACGAACUGGGAAUGAACUACAACUUCAUUCGUCCAGACUUAAUUGUAGGAUCAUGCCUGCAGACUCCUGAAGAUGUUGACAAGCUUCGCGCAAUAGGAGUGAAAACUAUAUGUUGCUUGCAACAGGACCCAGACCUAGAAUACUUUGGAGUUGAUAUCAAGGCUAUUCAAGAAUAUGCUGGGUCUUUCAGUGACAUUCAACACGUACGGGCUGAGAUAAGGGACUUUGAUGCAUUUGACUUAAGGAUGAGGCUUCCAACUGUAGUUAGCAAAUUGUACAAGGCCAUAAAUCGCAAUGGGGGCGUGACAUAUAUACAUUGCACUGCUGGACUUGGAAGAGCUCCGGGUGCUGCGUUGGCUUAUAUGUUUUGGAUUCAGGGUUAUAGACUCGAUGAGGCUUAUAGACUGCUUCUGAGCAAAAGAUCAUGCUUCCCAAAGUUGGAUGCAAUAAAAAGUGCAACAGCUGAUAUUCUUACAGGCCUAAGAAAAAAGCUUGUCAUGUUGACGUGGGAAGACAACAAGUGCUCUUCAGUUGAAGUUUCUGGACUUGAUAUUGGAUGGGGCCAGAGAAUGCCCCUGCAUUAUGAUGACAAACAGGGUUUGUGGGUUCUCAAGAGGGAAUUACCUGUAGGACACUAUGAGUACAAGUACAUUGUUGAUGGGGAAUGGACAUGCAAUCAGUAUGAGCUUAUGACCUCUCCCAACAAAGAUGGCCAUGUCAAUAAUUUUCUGCAAGUCAUUGAUGAUACCGACAGUGCUGAUGCAGCCCUAAGGGAGAGGUUGAUGGGUGAUGAUCCUGAUCUCACAAAGGCCGAACGGCUGAGAAUAAGACAGUUUCUUGAAGCUCUUCCUGAUGAAGAACCAUGAACCAUGACCUCACUUAUUUAUAUGUGAAGCAUAGUGGAUGUAUAUAGAUAAAUUGUCUCAUGAAGGAUGAAUUUAAACCUUUUUUUUUUAAAAUCCUUUUUUGAGGUUCAAGAAGUCAUGAAUUUAAACAGGAGACAAAAGCUUUCCGUUGCAAGUAUGUUAUUGUUUUACUGCAUCUAUUUCAAUCUUAAUUACGCCUCAUGAUAGGUCUGAAAUAUGUAAAGUAAGACAAGUACAACAGCUCCAGCUUUAUUAUUCCUUUUGAAAUUGUAAUAAAUUUUCCAGGAAAGCAGCAUGGAUCUAUGGCUAUCUUGUGAAAAUAUGUUAGUGCUCUAUAACAAAGACAUAUUGUUAGGUUUUUUUUUU